AUGAUUAAGUCUAUCUUUAGAAUAGCUCUUUAUCUGAGUAGUAUAAUAGAAGUUUGUGGUGUUUUAUAAGUGAUUUCUUCUUCAUUUUAAGGAAAUAGUUUCUCUGAUGCUGAUAGUAAUUAUAAUAUUGAAAUUAAUUUAGAUUGGGUGGUAAGUGGAGCCUAACCUUAGUUCACAGAUUGUAUGGGCCAAAGAUUAUUUGGAGGUUAUAAUGUUUUUGGUGGAAGGGUUAGCGUUAGUAAGACUUUUGAACUCCCACCACAUUAUUUGAUAAAUUUGCAAGUGUAAUUUUGGAAGUAAAAUGUAUCAAUAAUAUAGAGUUGAUUCAUGGGACUGGGAAUAUGGAUAUAUAUUUGUAGAUUAUCAAAUGGCAUGGUAGAAAAAGUACAAUUACUAUGAUGGAACACAAAAGUGUGGAGGUGGAGAUUAAUGGAAAGAAGUAUCUGUGAAUUUGAACUUAAAUAUAAAGCAUAGUGGUCCUACAGCCGUGAUAGUGUUCACAACAAAUUUAGAUGAAGGCCCUGACAAUGUAAAACAACCAGAAAUUUAAUUAGGAAUCUUGGGGAUUUAGAGAUUUCAUUUUAUCAGUUGAAAAAUGUCCAGAUGGUUGUUUUGUAUGCUAAUAGACAGAUACAAUAAUAGAAUGUUAUGUUUGGAAAAUAAUCUAGACUAGUUGGAACUCAUUAGAUGUAAAUGGAAUAGUAACGGACGGUUGGAAUGUUGUAUCUGGAAUUUCUGAGUCAACUUAAUGUGGAUGUAUUUUAAUUUAUAUCAAUUAGCUGUUGCUUUGUUUGGUGGAUACUAAAAGACAGGAACUUAAACAAAAAUCAGGAAAUCUUUUUUUAAUAUUCCACCACAUUAUAAAUUGAAAAUAUAAAUUUUAUGGGCUAAAAUUGACUCUUGGGAUAAUGAAGCAGCCUAGGUGAGAGUAGAUAGUGUAUUAGUUUGGGAAAGAAGAUUUUAAUGGUAUGAGGGUUAUUUUGGUAAGAUAUGUGGGGAUUCAGAUGUGAACCAUAGAACAAUAUUUAUUAGAAUUGAAUUAGAUUUAGAUCAUACAGGUAGUCAAGUUGAAACUUCAUUUUCAACUACGCUAGAUGAGCCAACAGAUGGAGAGUCUUUUGGUUUAAGAGACUUUAUAAUUUAUUAUGGUUCUUGUACUGAUAAUUGUGCUUAAUGUACAGGACCAAGUGGAUCAGAAUGUUAAGGUAUAGAAAAUAAAAAUAAUUAGUGUGUUCUAAAGGAUGUUAUAAUACUGGAGUUAUUGAUAAAAUCUGUUAAGGUAAUUAUCAGUUAUUUAAAAAUAGUAUGCUAUCCAUCAUGUUAUUAAUGUAAUGGACCAAACAUAGAUGACUGCAUAGAUUGUGGAGACCCUAAUAUAUACAAUAAAUAAUUGAUAGCUGGAUAAUGUGUAUGCAUAAUAAGAACUAUUGAAUAUAUUUAGAAUGAUGGUACUACUUUAUGUUUGCGUAUUAAUUCUCCUUUAUUUAAUUUAGCUUGUCAUCCAAGAUGUGAAAAAUGUUAUCAGCCAUUUGAUAAUACGGUUAAUGAAUAUUGUACUAUGUGCAUAGCAGGAUAGAAUAGAGUUGUUUCUGAUUAACUUAAUUGUAUUUGUAAAGAAGGUUAUGGUGAUGAUGGCAUCUCAGAAACUUGUGUUUGUAAAUAAUUUUAAUAAUAAUAAUUUUAGAAUGUCAUUAUACAUGUGAAAAUUGUAAUGGUUCUUUACAAACUAAUUGCACAUCCUGUUCAUCCUCAUCUAAUCGUCAUUUGACUUCAGAUAAGCAGUGUCUAUGCAAUAAAGCAUACAUUGAUGAUGGAACCAACAAUAUUAAUUGUCUAUGUAUCUUAAUUAAUAUCAUCAUUUUUAUAGUCAUUUGUCAUCAUACAUGUACUGAUUGUGAUGUACCUGGUGAAGAUAAAUGCACCAGUUGUCCAGUUACAAGAUAACCAGAUGUUAUUGGAAUCACAUUUAAAUGCAUGUGCAAAGAUUCUCAUUAUUUCAGUGAUGACACCCAAUUAGAAUGUUUGGAAUGUCAUUUCACUUGUAAAACUUGUAAUGGCAUUUAUGAAAAUAACUGUUUAACAUGUGACCUUUCUUAUCGCUAAUUAGUAAUGUUCAAAUGCAUUUGUCCAUAUGGAUACUAUGAUAUUGGUUAAUUAUAAUGUUCCAGUAACUAGUAAAAUUAUUUAAAGAGUGCUAUUAUACUUGCCAUACUUGCUUUGGUCCCGAAGAAGAUAAUUGCAUUACAUGUCUGGCUAGUAACAACAGAGAAGUUAGGGCUAAUAAAUGUGUAUGUCUAGAUACAUAUAUGGAAAAACUAGUUGGUGACCCUAUGUGUUAUAGUAAAUAAUUAUAAAAUACUAGAAUGCUCUUAUCGAUGUGCUAAUUGCAGUAUUACAAUAGACAAUUGUACAUCUUGUCCAGCCUUCUCUUAUAGAGAUCUAGGAACAAAUAAUUUUUGUUCUUGUCCUGACAAGUCAUAUGACUAACCUGGAAAUCCAAUCUGCAUUAGUAUUAAUUGAGAUUCAUAUUAGUUUGUCACAAUAGUUGCUUAACAUGUAAUGGAUCGUAAUCAAAUUAAUGUACUUCUUGUAAUCCUUAAAUUUUGAGAUAAUUGGAUUCUUCAGGAUCAUGUUUAUGUCAGAGUAAAUACUAUGAUGCUGGAUAGCCUGAAUGUCAAGGUAUAAAUUAAAUGUAUUCUUUAGCAUGUAGUACCUAUUGUUUGAAUUGUGUAAAUUCAGCUAAUAAUUGUAUUUCUUGUAAACCAGAUAGAUUUUUAGUAGGAAAUGUGUGUAAUUGUUAAACCAAGUUAAAUGGAGCUAUUAUCAGUACUUAUUAAGUUUAAGGCAAAACUGAAUGUCAAAGUUUUAUCAAAUUAAUUUAACUUAGGUUGUCAUUAUUCUUGUUUAAAUUGCAAUGGAUCUACAUAAACUAAAUGUACAUCAUGUUUGGAUAGUGAAAUGAGAACUUUAUAAAAUUCAAGUUGUGUUUGUGCACCUCAUUACUUUGAUAUUGGCAAACCAAAAUGUUAAUGUACUAAUAUAAUAAUAAACAUUAGAAUGUAAUUAUAGUUGUGAAAAUUGUACAGGACUAGAUACUAAUUGUUUAACUUGUUAUCCUAACACAUUUAGAACAUUGAUUAAUUAACAAUGUCCAUGUUAAAAAGGAUACUUUGACGAUGGAUCAAAUUCUAUAUGCUAAAGUAAUUUGUAUUAAAAAUUAUCAUAAGAAUGCCAUUAUUCUUGUUCUCAAUGUAGCUCUAUUUCUACUAAAUGUGAUGCAUGUUCUUCUACAUCAAAUAGAUAAUUAAAUAUAUUGAUGUUUACUUGUAAUUGUUUAGAUUCUUAUUAUGAUUCUGGUGUUGAAACUUGUUCACAAUGCCAUUAUUCUUGUUUUACUUGUAAUUCUUUUGGAUUUCAAUUGUGUCAAUCUUGUAAAGAUAAGUCAACUUCAUUUAGAGUCUUUAAUUCAGGAAUUUGUCAAUGCUUACCUGGUUAUUAUGAUAAUGGAAUCUCUCCUAAUUGUUAAAAAUGUUAGAUAUAAUGUUUGACUUGCUAAAACACUGCAGAUUAUUGUAUAACCUGUAUAACUACAAGACACUUAGAAGGAAAUACAUGUAUAUGUGAUACAGGUUAUUUUGAUAAUAAAUUGGAUAAAUGUGGUAAAUGUGAUUAAAAUUGUUUUAAUUGCACAAUCAAUUCUAAAAAUUGUACUGAAUGUGAUUAAUCAUUAAUGAGAAUACUGGAUAAUGUUACUAAAACCUGCAUUUGUUAAGCUGGAACUACUGAGAUUAAUGGUUAAUGCUAAGUUUGUGAUAUUACUUGUUAAACAUGUUAAAAUUCAGACACUUAUUGCACAUCUUGUAAACUAUUGAGAUUAUUAAAUAACAAUAAAUGUAAUUGCAUAGAUGGCACAUAUGAGAGUGGAAAUGAUAAAUAAUGUUUACUUUGCAAUAAAACUUGUUAGACAUGUAUUAAUCAAGAAAACUAUUGUACAUCAUGUUCUGCAGAUAAAAAUCGAAUCUUCAAAACAGGAAAUAUUUGUAUAUGCCAAGAUGGAUAUUAUGAAGAAUCUAUAACUUUAAGUUGUAAAAAGUGUGAUUAGUCUUGUUUAACUUGUAAAGUAUCUCCUAAUUAUUGUUUAACGUGUGAUGCUUUGUACAAUCUCAGUUUGGAUGUUUCGAAUAGAUGUGUUUGUUCAACAGGUUUCUAUUUUAAUACAUCUACUUUAAAAUGUGAAGGUAUAAUAAUAAUAGUAAUUUAGCUUGUAAUAUUUCAUGUAAAGAAUGUAAAACAUAGACACAAUGUAUAGAGUGUGAAAAUCUUACUAGAUAUUUUGAUCCAGAUAAUUUGAAGUGUCCAUGCAAAGAUGGAUAUUAUGAGGCUCAACUCAAAAAAUGUUCAAGUACAAAUUUCAUAUUAUCAUUAGCAUGUGAUUUAAGUUGUAAGACAUGUAUCAAUUAAUCUACAUAAUGUUUAUCAUGUGAAUCAACUUAUUUUAGAAUUUUAAAUAAUUCUAAUUAAUGUAUUUGUUUAGAUGGUUAUUAUGAUAUUGGGAUUGAGAUGUGUUAAUAAUGCAAUUUAUAUUGUAAGACCUGCUAAAUAACUUCAACAAAAUGUACUUCAUGUAACUAGAUACAACAUUUUAGAGUAUUAAAUCAAAAUCAAUGUAUUUGUUAAAAUGGAUAUUAUAAUAAUAAUUCAUUAAUUUGUGAAAGUACAAAGUUACAAUUAAUUUUAUAGAAUGUUCUAAUUAAUGUCUUACAUGUGAAGGGAGAAGAGAUUAUUGUAAAAGUUGUGAUCUUAAUUAAAAUAGAAUUGAUUAAUCUGUUAUUAAUAAAUGUCCUUGUUCAAAUGGUUUCUAUUAAGAUGAAAAUGAAAAUUGUUAAAGUAUUAAUUUUAAAGCAUAAUAAGAAUGCCAUCCAAAAUGUUAAACAUGUAAUUAAUCUAAAGAGAAUUGUAUAACCUGUUCUUAUUCCAAAACUUCUAAUCGACAAAGCAUAUCUCAAAAUUGUAUUUGCAAAGAUGGUUAUUUUGAUGAUGGCAUUUAAGUGGAUUGUUAAAAAUGUAGUACACGUUGUAAGUUUUGUUAAAAUUCUUCAACUAAUUGUUUAACUUGUUUUAGCAAUCUGAGAGAUACACCUCCUAUUUGUAAUUGCAAACUUGGAUUUUUUGAAAAUUCUUUUUAGAAUUGUGAACGUAAUCAAAUCAAUUUUAUUUUAGCAUGUGAAAAUUAAUGUUUAACUUGUGAAAAGACAUCUUCAAAUUGUUUAUCAUGUAAAGAAGGAAGAUCCACUCAACUUUGUGUAUGUUAAGAUGGGUAUUAUGAAGGUGGAUAGCCGCUAUGUGUUUGUAUAUUAAUUAAUAAUAAAUUUUAGAAUGUGACUUUUAAUGUAAAACAUGCAAGGAUUCCUCAUUAAAUUGUCUAAGUUGUAAAGGAGAUCGAAUUAACAUUCCUAAAUGUGAAUGUCCUGAUGGAUUUUAUGAUGAUCUAUUAAAUGAAUCUUGUUAAGUUUGUGAUGGAUUAUGUAAAACAUGUAAUCUAGAUGGUUGUCUUAGUUGUAAUGGCAAUAGGAUCCUAUCUCCUGAAAUGUCUUGUGAUCAACCAUAAAAUUCUGUGAGCCAUCCUGAUACUGCAUGGUGUUCAAGUAUUAAUAUUUUCUAUUAAUAACAAAGCUUGUGAAGUUGCUGUAGUAGAUGUUAGGUUCUCAGAUGAUUUACUAUCUAUUUCUAUAAAGUUUGACUUUCCAUUGAAUCCAUCAUUCUUUACUACAUAAUUUUAAGAUAAUAUCUGCUUAAAAAUACUAGAUUAUCAAACAUACUAAUUACUUGGCAAGAAUCCUAUUUGUUAUGUGGAUCCAAAUGAUGAUACAAAAUUAAUUAUGAAAGUAGGAUAGCAAGUUAAGAUUAUUCCAGGGGAUAAAAUCAUUUUUUAUGAUAACUAUUUUGGUCAUCAAGGAUGCGAAAAACAAUUAGAUAUUUUUAUCUACAAUGAAAUCAAAAAUCCCAUAAAUCCUGUAUCUCCUAAAAUUAUUUAUGAUUUACCUACAUAUCUUCUCAAUCCUUGCGAUGAUAAUAUUAUAUCUAUGAAAUCAAAACUUAAUGAUGGACUUAGAGGAUUUGUUGGAAUUAAAUGGACAUACUCUGUAGAUGGAUUUAAUGGAAAUGGAGAUCUUGAUAAUUUUGUUGCUUCAUUAACCAGUUUAUAAAUGUUAGAAUUAGUUAUUCCAUACNCAUAAUAAGAAUGCCAUCCAAAAUGUUAAACAUGUAAUUAAUCUAAAGAGAAUUGUAUAACCUGUUCUUAUUCCAAAACUUCUAAUCGACAAAGCAUAUCUCAAAAUUGUAUUUGCAAAGAUGGUUAUUUUGAUGAUGGCAUUUAAGUGGAUUGUUAAAAAUGUAGUACACGUUGUAAGUUUUGUUAAAAUUCUUCAACUAAUUGUUUAACUUGUUUUAGCAAUCUGAGAGAUACACCUCCUAUUUGUAAUUGCAAACUUGGAUUUUUUGAAAAUUCUUUUUAGAAUUGUGAACGUAAUCAAAUCAAUUUUAUUUUAGCAUGUGAAAAUUAAUGUUUAACUUGUGAAAAGACAUCUUCAAAUUGUUUAUCAUGUAAAGAAGGAAGAUCCACUCAACUUUGUGUAUGUUAAGAUGGGUAUUAUGAAGGUGGAUAGCCGCUAUGUGUUUGUAUAUUAAUUAAUAAUAAAUUUUAGAAUGUGACUUUUAAUGUAAAACAUGCAAGGAUUCCUCAUUAAAUUGUCUAAGUUGUAAAGGAGAUCGAAUUAACAUUCCUAAAUGUGAAUGUCCUGAUGGAUUUUAUGAUGAUCUAUUAAAUGAAUCUUGUUAAGUUUGUGAUGGAUUAUGUAAAACAUGUAAUCUAGAUGGUUGUCUUAGUUGUAAUGGCAAUAGGAUCCUAUCUCCUGAAAUGUCUUGUGAUCAACCAUAAAAUUCUGUGAGCCAUCCUGAUACUGCAUGGUGUUCAAGUAUUAAUAUUUUCUAUUAAUAACAAAGCUUGUGAAGUUGCUGUAGUAGAUGUUAGGUUCUCAGAUGAUUUACUAUCUAUUUCUAUAAAGUUUGACUUUCCAUUGAAUCCAUCAUUCUUUACUACAUAAUUUUAAGAUAAUAUCUGCUUAAAAAUACUAGAUUAUCAAACAUACUAAUUACUUGGCAAGAAUCCUAUUUGUUAUGUGGAUCCAAAUGAUGAUACAAAAUUAAUUAUGAAAGUAGGAUAGCAAGUUAAGAUUAUUCCAGGGGAUAAAAUCAUUUUUUAUGAUAACUAUUUUGGUCAUCAAGGAUGCGAAAAACAAUUAGAUAUUUUUAUCUACAAUGAAAUCAAAAAUCCCAUAAAUCCUGUAUCUCCUAAAAUUAUUUAUGAUUUACCUACAUAUCUUCUCAAUCCUUGCGAUGAUAAUAUUAUAUCUAUGAAAUCAAAACUUAAUGAUGGACUUAGAGGAUUUGUUGGAAUUAAAUGGACAUACUCUGUAGAUGGAUUUAAUGGAAAUGGAGAUCUUGAUAAUUUUGUUGCUUCAUUAACCAGUUUAUAAAUGUUAGAAUUAGUUAUUCCAUACCAAACUCUACCAAAACAGUCUAAUAUUACCCUUUAGAUAGAGUUUCAAAAUUUUGUAGGUUCAAAGACAAUAUAAAUGAUUAAAUUGUAAACUCAUUCAGGUCAAUUUCCCACUAUACUUUGGAUUUCGAAACCUUAUUAUUAUGCUUUUGAAACUAUUGUUUUGCAAUUCUAAAUUAAAAAAAAAGAUUGUUCUGAAUCUGCAAUUACUUAAAUUGAUAAUUCUGAAUAUUAAUUAUCUUUAGUUGAAGUAUAUAGAAACAAUUCUAAUUCAAGGCCUUCAAGAGUAAAUUAUUAAGAAAUCACACGCCAAAGUUUCUUUAAUGUUACAAUCUAAAAUUAUACAUUGACUUCCAGAAUUGCUUAUACCUUCUAAUAAACAACGAUUGAUCCUUUGCUUAACUUUUCAAUUACAAGAAAUAUUACACUUGAAAUUAGCUCAGGAGGUAUAUUUUGUUAAUUUAAUGGGACAAAAAAGAUUUAGAAUUAUAGAAAAGAAACUUAUAUAUACAUAUCAUGUAAAGAUUUAGAUACUUAAUAUGACUGGAAUGAAGAUUCAGGUAUAUAAAUUAAUGUUGAGUGUGUUGAUUUGACGAUGAAUUCAUUUUGUAUGGAUUUAAAUAAAAAAAUAAUCAAAGUAAAUAAAACAGAUAGUAUCCAAGUAAUUCCCAAAUAAACAAUACAGCCUUAUACUAUUUAAAGUUGGACAGUAGUGGCUUCAAAAAAUUAAUUUACUUAUAAAUUUAAAUAAAAUAUUGUCUAUCUAGAUAAUGAUUUUAAAUUAUUAAAUGUUACUUAUAGUAAAGGGUAUUUAAUGAGACCAGUUAAUAACUAUGAAAAUUUGGAAUUCACUAUUAAUAUUCCUUUUUAAGAUCGAUAGUAUCUGUUAGAAUAUCAAGUAGCUAUUAUUUAUAAUUUUGAACUCAUUAAGAUAUUACAAUCGGAAUACUUUUAAUACUAAUUACGAAUAUUUGAUUAUUUUUAGGAAUUUACAAAAGGAAAAUAAAUAAAUUUGAAAUUUUUGGCUUAGUUUACUAAUGAAAUUAUACCUAGUUAAGAAGAUCUAUAGUUAAUUGUUAAUUAACCUCCUACUUGUUUAGUGAGUUUGAGUGAAUAAACAGUUGAAGCAUUGAGACCCUUAAAAAUUAUUACAAUUUGUGAUUUUUCUGAUGCAGCUCCAUAUACAUAUUAAUUGAGAUAUUUUCUUAAAAAUUAAGAUUUAAUUGAUUUUUUGAAUAGUAAAUCUGAUUAUUCAUUAAUUUUGAGUAGUUAUUAAAGUUCAAAUAUUUUGGAAGGGUAUUUUCCAUAAGCUGAUGGCAUUCUCUUAAUAUAAGCAAUGGAUUCCAAAGGAUCAUACUUAAAUAUUGAGAAAUAGUUAAAUGUAACAAAGAUUGUUCUCAAUUGUUCCAACAUAAUAAUAAAUUAAUAUAAUUUUAAAUAGCAUAUUUCUUUAUUAUUAGAAAUUUUAUUGAAUCAUUAAGAUUAAAAAUAAUGUAUUAAUCUGUCCUAAGAGUUAUUUUCAAAAAUAAAAACCUUUUUGGAUUCUGAUAAUAUUGAUGAUCAAUUAUUAGUUUAUCAAACAACUAAAUUAUAUAAAAGAUUAAUUCAAGAUAAUAAUAGUUCCAAUACUUCUAUAAGAUUAUUGAAUGAUAAUUCAGAAAGUUGUUUUAAGAAUUCUACAAAAACUUUUUAUUUCGCAAUCCCACAUGCUGAUACUCAGUCAACUGUCACUCCAACUAGUUUACAAGCAGAAUUAAAAAAAAUUAUUACUAUUGUUCAGAAAAUGAUAAUAAAGUCAACUAAUUUUGAUGAUUAGAUAAAUUAAGACGUAGUGUUUUUGGAUGAAAAACUUUAUUAGAAAAAAGAUGCUAUAUUGGACUCUUUAUUAGUUAUGUAACUUUUGAUUGAUGACAUUUUUCUCAAGAUUCCUACAGCUAUUGUUAGUUCUUAAUAAGAUAAAGAAUAGAUUAUUGAUAUAGCAGAGGGAUUAAUAAAUCUUAUUGAAAAGAUUGCAUUGCAUGUGAAUGUAAAAGCAAAAGUAAAUGGUCCUCAAUUAAUUGUUAAUGGAUAAAUUCUAAAAUGGUAAUUAUCAAAAAUUACUAAAGAUAUUUUAAAUAACUAAUUCGAUAUUGAUAGAGAUUUAUUAGAUGGUUUGAUUGAUUUUGUAUAAAAGGAAUAAAUAGAAUUAAAUUACAACUAUUUAAAUCUAUCUCAAGAAUUAUAAACAAAAUUGCUAAAAUUCUUUAAUUUAACUACCCUUGAAAUUGAUCAAUAUAAUUACAAGAAAACCAAUCUAUAGAAUCAUCUCUAUAAGGAUCGUUAUAUAGAAUAUCAAGAUACAAUUAAAUAAUACAUGAUCGAUAUGUUUAAAACUCCAUACUGUUAAGAAUAAGUUCCAUAAGAUAAACUUUACUCCUAUGAUUGUGUUAAUAUCCAUUAAGAUGAAUAAUUUUAUAAAUGUGAAUUCUUAACUGAGGAAAUUGAUAAUCAAACUGUUUAAGUCUCUUGUAAAUGUCAAAAAUUAGGAAGCAUUUUUUUAAUAAAAUUCCUCAACAAUUCAAUUAUAUAAUAAAAUUUCACAUAAAAUUCUUUUAAUGAAUAUCAAGUGGAUAAUUCGAAUUUACAAUUAAAUGAAUAACCAAUUUUACUAUUUCAAGGCAUCUUCAUUGCUUUUUCUUUAUUCUUUUAUUAUGAAUUAGUUUCAAUCGAAAUUAAAUCAAAAUAAAAACCAAUAUUUAACAGAGUAGAUUCAGAUCUUAGCGGAGAUGAAACUCAAAAAUAAGGAAAAGCUAAAAUUUUACACUUUUAUCCAGGACAUUUAUCUGUUUUCAAAUAAUCAUUCAAAGUAAGUUUUAUUUUUAAUAUAUAGUUUAUUCAUGAAAUAUUAUCCUUUUUUUUUACAGAAAGUAUCAUCCUUACUAAAAGUUAUCGAUUUUUGGAACUAUCGAUCAAAAUAAGUUUGUUGAUACCAUUCUCGUUUUUGGAAAUAUCUUUUUUAGCUGAAAUUACAAUCUAUGGAAUCUUACUAAUCAAUAGCGGAACUUUUCUAUUUAUUAAAAUUAUUCUCUAGAUAUUUUAGUCUAUUUACAGAUUUGGAGGAAAAUGGAGUAUUUUAAUUGCUAUUUUCUAUUUACUAAUACAUUUCCUUUGUUAUCUGGAAUUUAUUCUUUAAUUGAAGAAUAGGUAAAUAUCAAUCUAUAUCUAUUUAGUUAAAAAGACCUUUAAAUAAUCAAUAUUUAAAUUAUUAUCAUUUUAAUUAGUUCACUCAUUUUAUUUUAUAUCAUUUUGGAACCAAUUAUGAUAUUCCUAAGAAUAAUUAUUUUUAAACAUAUCACUUAAUAAAUGAGAAAUUAGGUUAUUAAUCCAUUGUAUUAACUUGUUUACUUUUUUGUUGGCCAUCAAAAGUUAGAUGAACUCUUUAAUAAUUAUGCCUUUAUUUGA